CUUACUGCUUAUCUUCUUCAUAUACAACUUGUUGCUCGAAACAACUACUACUACUACUACUCUUUUGGUCAGUUAGUGGAGUAUUUAACUUAAUAAAAAUAUUUAACCUUUGGCAAAAGUCCGUCCGCUAUUGUAAGUUUGUACCAAACGGUCAUCACUCUAGGUCGACUAUAUAUAUGUUAAGACUUCGAAAUUGCAAGACCGCGAUAGCAAACCCACAAUAAAAGAGAUGGAGGGAGAGGUAGUGGAACUGUACGAGCUUCACUACUCUGAUUUGAAGAAACUGUCAUCAGAGAGAGCUUUAUCAGCAGCAGAAUCUUGUGAAGAAAUUCAGCGGCUUGAAUCAAUCACCACAAGUGUUAUGGAAAACCUAGGACCAGAGGGACCUGGACUUCUGGCCAUCACCGGCGUUCCAGAAGCUUCCAAUCUUCGUCGAACUCUUCUUCCUUUGGCUCGAAAACUCUCUCUUCUCAAUAACGAAGAUCGCAAACGCCUUCUUAAGGAACACAGUCUGGGAAGUGAUGUUUCAUUGAAGAACCCGAAUAGAAAUGUCUCGUCUUUUUCCAUGCAAUUGAAAUAUGAGCAAUGCUUUGAAAGAAGUGAUGGUCGGGUUGAUGAUCUAGAUGUUGAAAAUCGGGAUGAUGAAGUUGUUAAUCAUUAUGAGUUUAAGAAACUAGGAUGCACCUUUAAGGAGCUAGGAUACUGCAUGAUGGACCUAGGGCUUCGUCUUGCACAAAUAUGUGAUAAGGACAUUGGGGGCCAAGAGCUACAACAGAGCUUACUAGAGUCCGGCACAGCUAAAGGGCGUCUAAUCCAUUACCAUUCCGCUGUUGACAAUGAUAUUAUUAGAGAAGCUGCAAAAAGAAACGGAUAUGUUAAAUCAAGAAAUGGAAAAGUCAAUAAGAAUGAGCAAGCAAGUACGAAACAACAAGGGACUGACUUAUCGAAAGACCAGUCAAAUGACUAUGGUCUAUGGCAGCAGUGGCAUUAUGAUUAUGGUAUUUUCACUCUCUUAACAGUUCCCAUGUUUCUGUUGUCCUCUCACCAAGAAACGCCAGCUGCUGUAAAUACUGGUUCACCUGUUUCUUCUGAGCAUGAGUUCCCUUCGCCCUGUGGUCACACAUAUCUUCAAAUAUUUGAUCCCAAAAAGAAUCAGGUCUUCAUGGUAAAGGCACCUUUGGAGAGUCUCAUUCUGCAGGUUGGAGAAGCAGCUGAUAUAUUAUCUAAGGGGAAGCUACGAGCAACACUUCAUUGUGUUUGUAGACCACCAAAGAUUGAAAACUUGAGCAGGGAAACAUUUGUUGUCUUCUUGCAGCCAGCAUGGAGCAAACAAUUCUCUCUUUUGGAUUACCCUCUUGAGAAUUUAAAUUUUAAUGGUCAGCAGUGGGGAAUACGUAUUGAGGGAAUUGAACAGCCUAGGCAGGCACCAGAGGAAAGAAGUCACGAAAUUCAAAAGAUUGUUCCGCCACUUUUGUCGAGGCUGAAAGAUGGGAUGACAUUUGCAGAUUUUUCCCGUGAAACAACGAAACAAUACUAUGGUGGUAAAGGUUUACAGCCCAACAGAUAGGCUUUCUGUGGGUAUCUUUAUAUGCCCAGAGGUGCCAUCUGGCUGGACAAUGUUAAACUGACAUUUACACCGUAGGGCAGUUUAAUGAUGUGUUCACAAAGUAGGAAAGUUUUAUGAUCUGAGACAUAAAAAUGUCUUGGAAUCAUGCUUACUCUUGUGGUCUAACCGUAUAUGAGGUGAAAAUCCAUAAUUUCAAGUCCCUGUCUCAGAGACAACGCUAGGUAUAGAAGUGACGUGCACUUUUGCUGUUAGGAAUUCAUUUUCCAUUGAGGUACAUCAGAGGAACUAAAAUGAGGCAUAUCCUGUUAAAUGUGAUUUUGGGUAAAGUUAAAUUAAACAUUUUCUUAGAGUAUGAAUUUACUAGGUAUUUGAAAUGGUUGUAAUGACUCACUUUCUAUGGAAACAAAUAACUGUCUUUGGAACUUUUGCAGCAACCCAGUUGUGUGUCAAGGGGCAAUGGCUCAAUGCAUUUGAAGUUUUUGGUUUCCUACAGUUAUCUAUAGUUAAUUAACUGAGUUCCCGCCGGUCAAAUAUUAUAGGUAUUUAUCGGAUAUUUUAAUGAAUAUACAGAAUUUAGGCAAAAGCUACUGCGUUCAGUGAACCUAUACCCUCUAAGCUAGAUCCACUCCUCCUCAAUGUGCCCCAGGCAGAAAGAACUAAUCGCUGCAACUGUGCACCUUGCUUAAGAAUGACUGCUGAAAGAACAUAAUCUUGCAAAGCAACAAAGGGUGUGCCUAUAAGUCAAUGAAGUGGGAGGAGAGCCAUGAGGUGUCUAACUCAAAUCCCAGCGGAGAGAGAAAAGUCUAGGUGAUUUCUUUCCAUCUUCCUAAGACCUGGACUUUGGAUUACCUUUGCUGUCCUUAGCGCUAAACUUUUGAUUCCUGAGAACUACCUUAAUCAUAUGCCCUAGUCAUAGAUUUA